CUCAGCUGCCCGCAGAAGCGCGCGACACACGGAGACAAAGCUGCAAACAAAGACUAGUAUCACAAUGGAGAAGAAACUCGACAGCAUCUCAGCCCGAGUGGACGCGACAAGUUCAUCGAGUGGUGCAGAUGCUGAUGAUGUUUCACUGUCCCCUCGUGAGAGAGGGGGGCAGAUAAAGGCUUGAGUCCACGAGCAGACCGUCUGAUCACUGGAGUAUCUCUCCUCCUCCCCUCCUCUUUUCUCACACGAAAUAAGAGAAAGCGUCCUGUAGCGUGAAACCUGAGCAUCUUUGUGUUGCUGUAAAGCCACAGAAGGUUCAGCAGCUCUUCUAAGACCACAAGUUGUAGUGUUACCAUGUCUGCCCCAGUCAAGAGGACUCAGUGGGAUGAAGACCCAAAUCUGUUUCGUAAAGAUCAUGGCCUUUCCAAGAAAGUGUUGCUCAACUGCUGUCUGGUCAGGUGGAUCAUCUCCUGGGCUUCCCCCAACAAAAAAGAUAGUGUCGAGGAUGAGCUGGAGCUGUCUGCUGUGCGCCAUCGACCAGAAGCUUUGGAGUUGCUGGAGGCUCAAACACGUUUCUCACGAAAAGAGCUUCAAAUCCUCUAUCGGGGCUUUAAGAAUGAAUGCCCCAGUGGUGUGGUCAACGAAGACACAUUUAAGGAAAUUUACGCUCAGUUUUUCCCACAGGGAGAUGCAUCAACGUAUGCACAUUUUCUGUUCAAUGCAUUCGACACAGAUCACAAUGGUUCUGUCAGUUUUGAGGAUUUUGUGAUGGGUCUUUCCAUUCUCUUAAGGGGCACCGUUCAGGAGAAGCUUAACUGGGCAUUUAACCUGUAUGAUAUUAAUAAAGAUGGAUAUAUAACAAAAGAGGAAAUGUUAGACAUCAUAAAGUCCAUCUAUGACAUGAUGGGGAAAUGCACAUAUCCCAUCCUUAAAGAGGAAACUCCACGGCAGCAUGUGGAGAUAUUUUUCCAGAAAAUGGACAAAAACAGGGAUGGAGUGGUCACAAUAGAUGAAUUUAUAGACUGCUGUCAAAACGACGAGAACAUCAUGAGAUCAAUGCAGCUUUUUGAGAACGUCAUUUAACAUCUGAAUGGACUCUGUUGGCGGACCAGCUCACAUAACCACCUUUAUACUCCACAAACCCGACAUCCUCGUUGAUACACAUCUGAUUACUAGCAGUGCUUUACCCAUAAACCAAAAUGAACUGAAUAUUAAAGAAAAAUUAUUUUUACAUUUUUUUGUCAUAUACUUGUAAACAAAUAUCUAUAUAUAUCUUUAUUUUAAGUAGAUACAUAGUCUGUUAAUCAUCUUUUUCUCCAUUUUUUUUUUUUUAAAUAACUAGAAGCCAUUGUACUGUACAUCUUAAAGUAACAUUUCAUACAUUGGCCCAUAAACACAAACAGAAUGAAUUUCUGUGCAUAAAUCCAUUCUUAGAUUGCAAUGGUUUACAAGGAAUAUUUGAUGUACAAUUUACUUAACUUAGUGAAAGGAAUAGUUCACCCAAAAAUGAUGAUUUGCUGAAAAUGUACUCGAACUCAGGCCAUCUGAGAUGUAGAGCUUGAUUCUUUAUUGAAUCAGUUUUUGAGAGAUUAACCAUUGCAUCACCAGUGGAUCCUCUGCAGUGAAUGGGUGCCGUCAGAAUGAGAGUUCAAACAGCUGAUGAAAACAUCACAAUAAUCUACAAGUAAUCCACACCAUUUCAGUCCAUCAGUUAAUGUGUUGUUAAAUAAAAAGCUGUGUGUCUGUAAAAAAGCGAAUGCACCAUUAAGGCAUUUUAACUUUAAACUGUUGCUUAUGGUCAAAAUACGAGUCCAUAAUCCAUAAUAAUGCUUCCUCCAGUUUAAAGGUCUAUCCCCUGUUGUCUGUAUUUCUUUAGAUCUGAUUUGGACUGUUUUCAAUUGUAAAAGGUGCUUGAUCUGUGCAGAUUUCUAAUAAUAGUAUGGAUGGAGGAUAUUAAUUUUGACCAGAAGUAACAGUUUGAAGUUAAAAACAUCUUAAUAAUAAUGGUGAUAUAAACAUGCAGCUUUUUGCUUCACAAGACAUUUAUUGAUGGACUGGAGUGGUGUGCAUUACUUGUGAAUUAUUGUGAUGUUUUUAUCACCUGUUUGGACUCUCAUUCUGACGGCACCCAUUCACUGCAGAGGAUCCAUUGCUGAUCAAGUGAUGUAAUGCUACAUGUUUCCAACUCUAUAUUAUUCAUCCAAAAUGUAUUUCUAUCAGUUAGUAAUAUGUCACAAACAGUGUGGCAAUUAAAUCUAACCACAUGACACAAAUUCGUGGGAUAUUAACUGUUUCCGUUUUUAAGCACAAUUAGUAAUAAUUCAUACUUCUUUCAUUCAAGUACAAACCUGUGACUCUGCAGCCUUUAAAUUUCUACAGAACCAUUCCAGAUUGUUCUUAGCUACAACAGCGGGUCCAGCCAAAACAGAUGGAAUGUCAAAUAAAGAUUAAGAUGUACGUUUUCUAAAUAAUAUUUAAAAUAGUUUUUUUUUUUAUCAUUUGCCAACUAGAUCAAGAUGCUAUAUUAUAGAUUUGGAAGCUACAGGUUGCAAAUCAAAGCACACAUGUUGUAUUUGUCUUAGUAAAACACUGUUACAAGUAAUGCUGCUUAUAUGUAUCUUAAUUAUAAUGUCCUUGUGAGAAAUGUCACAUUAUGUUUACAUGUUUCAACACUAUAUCACUGUUCUCAAAGCAUCUAACCAUGUGGGUUUAUUUAUUGUGCUAACUAAGCACAUCAGGCUGUCUGUAGCCAUACAGUAUUGUUUUCAUUUGGAGGUUUUGACCAUCAAUAUUUGUGUGUCUGUUAAUUUCAAAUAAAUGUCUUUCAAAGCAUCACUUAAAGAGAUAGUUCACCGCAAAAAAAUUUAAUUCUGUCAUCGUUUUCUUACCUUUCACCUGUUCCAAACCUCUAUCAAUUUCUUUUUUCUGUGUAACACAAAAGAAUAUAUUUUGAAGAAUGUUGGUAACCAAAAGUUUGACGGUAGCCAUUGACUUCCAUUGUUUGUUUGAUUUCCAUUACUAUGGAAGUCCACUGUUUGGUUAACAUCAUUCUUCAAAAUAUCUUCUUUUGACCUCAACAGGAGCAAGAAACUUGUACAGGUUUGGAACAUGUGAAAGCUAAGUAAAUGAUGACAGCAUUUUUAUUUUCGGGUGAACCGUCCCUUUAAACCUGUUUUAUAGCGACUAGAGUUGAUUUCAGGAUGUUCCAACUUAUUACCCCACAACAUAUUUAUUGCCUACGUUAAUUAAAAAGCUAUUUAUUAAACAUUACUUUACAUAUAGAAUAUUUUGUAAUUGUGGGCACGCCAUAACAUUAAAUGUAGUUCACCAAAAGUAAAAAUUUCUAUACAACAUCGCCACAUAGUGGACAUAAAAUACAGCACAACGUGGCUGACAACAUGAUUUAUGGAUUAAAAUUGGAGAAUUAAUUUCACACAGUAGCACACCGCAAAAAAAGAACGGUCGAUAUUUAGAUCCAAUAUUGUUCCCAUAUUCUGCCUUUUUUUAAAUCACAUGGGCUCAGUUACAACAAGCUUCCAUUAAAAUCAUGAUCAUACCUCGCACAAAUCUUAGAUGAAUCCCUGUGUGAAAAUGUUUUCUUCAUGCAUUUCAGUAAUGAGCAUCAGUUUCCUGCAACAAUAAUUCUCAAAGCUUGUCAUGUGAGCUUUCAAAUUUUUAACAUGCAGACCAGAGAACAAGAGAGAGAUAUGAAGUCAUUUCAGUUUAAUAACUGUGUAUAAAUAUAAGCAGGCCGGUCGAGAUUGAAUAGAAUUUAAACAUUGAUUUGUAUUUCAAAUGUGUGUAGAUAUUUCAUAUAUUACAAACAAGCAUUUUGUUGCAUCCUCGCACUGUUUUUAUUUUUCAAAUCUUUUUUUUUGCUUAUUCCAAUUAUGCAAAUAAUGUUUAUGUUCACGGGUUCUAUAUCAUACUGAACUGUCAGUUUACUUUUAUUAGUUUUGCAACCUGCAUGCCAGAUUCACAUGAGCUUAUCCAGGAGAAGAGUGCAUGAGCUUUUCCCUACUUUAGAAAUCAGUGCCUUUCUUUGCUAAUGCUCAUCCCAGACCUGUUCUUUCUGUCUGAUUUGAUUGUAAUUGAGUUACAGUUUAGGAUGUGAUUCUUUUUUUUUUAUUCAUUUCUGAAAACAAUGCUAUGUCAUGCUGUAUUUGAGGUUUCCCACUGAUGUUCUGAUGAUGCCACAUUUCUUUUGAGCGGCGUGAAAGCCUGUUGGCUGCAUGAAUAGAUAGUUGAAGAAGGCUUUACGGCGUUAGUGAACAGCCUUUAGUGAUGGGAAGAGCUGACUGGAGCAGAUCUAGCGCUCUGUGUGCCUAUCCCAUGCUUCUCUGUGGAAUUAGACGAGUGUAUUUUGUAACAUAGAAUCAAUAAACCGCUCAGAAUGUA